AAAUGAGAAAUGCAAAUUAGCUAUGACCAGGUGGAUGUAACAAGCUCGCUGAUUGGUUAGAGGAAUUGGCUAGCGUAGUCCUUGAAUUCUGGCGCCAGAAAGAUCGAUGUAAGUUAGUCGUGUUACGUUAAUCGAUCUCUCUCAAAAUGUCUAACGUUAACACCGAAAUAUCAAAAAUUUUAAGAGACAUUGCUAGUGAAAUGGAGCGCCGAUCCACAGACGGUGUUGCACAAGGAUCAUCAACUUCAACACCCACCUUGUCAAGACACCCUGUUGAUGCUGAAGUUUGCAGAAUUUUUGCACCAUAUGCUGGCAGGACUUCAGGUAGCCACUGUACAACUGCAAAACGUCGAUCAAGCUACACAAGAUCCUACUUUUGUUUGGACAGCAUUGAUCAAAUCAUGGUACCAACAAAAGUAGAAAAAGAAAAACUAUAUGCAGCUGGCCUUGGGGAGAAAAAACUUACUUUUUUUGGUGAUGAAAACAGUGCAGAGGAAUUCAAAUGUCACAUUUUGACAGCUUACCCAAAACUGAAUAGCUGUGGUGGCUUUGAGCUUUUAAGAUUGUCUGGUAUGACCAGGAGCAAAAAACUUUCUGUGAUGCCUUGCCCGAACACAGGGUAUACCAUCAAAUCUAUCAAGGACCACAACAAGAGUGCCAUAAUCUAUAUACGUCCAAUGCAAAAGGACAUUGAUACAACUCCUGUGGAACCAGAGUCAGUUGUGUCUGGGCCCAAGGAAAGAUGUCUGAUUUGUGAAGAAGAUAUUUUUUUCUGUGAACUCAAAGAUCAUGUCAAAAGCUGCAGGUCUGCAAGUGAGAUCAGUAAAGCAUCAACAAGCAAUUAUCCUUCAGAUGGUCAGGAAUUUCCCAACACUACUGAUCGAGCUGAAGUGGACAUAGAUCAAUCAUCCACAGAUUCUGAAAUAGUACAGUUUAUUGAUUUAACAGAAGGCGAGCCAAUGCAGGAGUCCUUAGAUGAAUGGCGAUCCUUACGUUGUCAGCAGGAUCAAGAGUACCAGGAGUCUUUGCUUGCAGAUCAAGAAAAGCAUAAUAUGCAGAAGCAUUCUUUGGAAAAUGAAGAAAGACGUAGAAAGGCUAUACAUGAGAGACAGUUGAGAAUGGCUGAUGUUCCUGAGCCAGCUGAUGGUGUUCCACUCAGAUUUAAGUACCCCAGUGGCAUUACAAGAACAAGAAAAUUUGUUCUGUCUGAAUCCAUUCAGAUAUUAUUUGAUUUUGUCGGAGAAGAUGAUGAUGCUACAGAGUAUUUUCACAUUCAAGAUGCUCUGUCAGUAACAACUCUUAAAAGCAACAUGACUGGAACACUUUUGGGGAACAAUAUCAAUGGUUCAAGAACACUUUACAUCCACUGGAUUCAAAUUGAUGAUUUGGAGUUUGUCCCAGCACUUGAUUCCAACAAUCAAGCUGAAUCUCCCAGUGUCAGCAACCAGUUCUUUCCAAUGCCAGCAACUUCUUUUUCUUUGCCAUCAUCACCUACUUUUUUACCAGAGACGGACAGCUCAUUCUUUCAUGAAGGGACUGACCUUAAAACUAUCUUGAACAGACUUGGGGAAAAGAUUGAUCACACUUCGUGCCCGGCCAGCAAUCACAUAAACAUAUGCAGGGACUACACUGGCAACGUCCAUAACAUACUAAAGAGUACAGUUCAGGCCUUUAAGCGGCGAAAGUUUAAUCCUGAGGCCAGAUUGGAUGUCAUUUUUGUUGACAGUGAACAAAUAUCCGAAGGUUCAGUAGAUGGUGGUGGACCCACUCGGGAGUAUUUAAGAUUGCUUAUGAAAGCCAUUCAUCAGUCCAGCAUAUUUGAAGGACCAGAGACAGAUAAGACGCUGGCUCUCGAUAGUCAAGGUAUGUUCUACAUCAGUGGUGACCAACCCUGUUCCUGGAGAUCUACCCUCCUGCAUAUUUUAGUUCCAACCCAGCUUCAACACACCUGACUCUAAUUUUUAGGGAGCCCUAAAUGCCUGAUUGCCAGGUUCAGGUGUGUUUGAUUGGGGUUGGAGCUGAACUCUGCAGGACAGUAGAUCUCCAGGAACGGAUUUGACACCACUGAUCUACAUUGUGUAUUAUCUUCAUGUGAUUAUAUUGUUGUUGAACAGUAAA